GCUUUAUUUUCUAAAAUUUGAUUGAAGCGUUUGUUGUCUAACAAAACAAUUUAAAAUAGGUACAGAAAUAUUUCAUUUUAAUAAAAUUUUCGGUGUAAAAGAUAUGGUACGAGCAAAGGGGUUCUCUGUUGAAAAGGUUCUAGAUAAACGAAUAACAGCAGAAGGUAAAAUAGAAUACUUGCUUAAGUGGAAAGGAUACACAGAUGAAGAUAAUACUUGGGAACCGGAAGAAAAUUGUAACUGUCCUCAGCUUAUAGCAAAAUUCGAAGAGGAUCGCCAAAAACCAUCAAAAAAUCGGACAAACCAAAAACCGAAAAUUGAAGAAAUAGAAAAGCCUAGGGGAUAUGAUCGCGGUUUGGCAAUUAAAAGAAUAUGUGGAGCAACAGAUUGCACUGGGGAUAUUUUAUUCUUAAUUGAGUGGGAAGAUUGUGAGGAAUUAGACUUAAUUCCAGCAUUAAUAGUUAAUGAAAAGGAUCCUGAGACUGUAAUUGCCUUUUAUGAACAAAGAUGUCCUCUUUCUAAGAAGGCUAAAGACCGAAUGAAACCGUUGUCAGACGAGUACGCGAAUAAAGCUGGAGUUGCCAAAUUUGCAUGGUAAAUCCUUCAUUAUUUGUUUUAAAAAAAAGUAAAAUUUUAAGAGAUAACAUUUAUUGAAAUAUACACAAAAUUUAAUAAAACAAACUAAGAAAAAAAUUUUUA